UUCAGUGCUGCACGUAGAGCAUCAGUACGCGUCACACUCGUCAGCUGUGAGAGAACAGUGCGUGUUCAUCACAUGGAAAUGAAAACCAGCAAUGGUCGCUACCGAUAGGACAGUUUUUUUCUCUUUUUAUUUUUAGACAGUGUGAUAUAUUUUUCACACACCGAAAUUUAAAGCGACCUACACGAUCUACAGGAGAAAACAACGGCUUGGUGUAUUGGUCCAGAGCUGCACCGUGUCAACCUCUGACGCAGCCGCAGCACCUAUCCGCGAGGAAGACACUGGCACCUGACGACGCGCUGGUCUUUCCCAUCACGACCACCUCGGCUCUGCAGUGCUGCAUUUUAUGGAAGCUGAGCCUGUGCAUCCAGUCGUGGUCAUGUUGCCUCCAAAGAAUUGCCUGCCGAGGAACUACAGCUGCAUAGCCGGACUGUUCGGAAGCCUGGCAGCGGCAAACCCGCGGCUUGAGGAUGGGGACGAUUUCGAUAUGAUUAGCAGUCCCUGUGAAAACACCGAGAGCCCCGUGGUGGAGGAGAGACCACGGGGCAGAGAGAUCUUCCUGAAGCCGCCACAGAGUCCAAAUCUGCGUCGUAGGUGCAAGUCGCUGCCCACACCAACAGAGCGAGCACAGUUAGAGAUAUCUCGCAGCAGAAGUCCAAGCAGUCAGAAAAAGGUCCGUUUCGCCGACUCUCUGGGCCUGGAGCUCAUUUCAGUGAAGCACUUCAAUGAUGCAGAUGAGCCAGAGGUGCCGGAGCGCAUAUUGGCCAAACUACCCAAAGGACACCUCCACCUUAAUCAUUUGGACACAAAGUUUCCACGUGCCCCUGCGCAGUCUGUGUUCAUGGAGUUGCAGUUCACCAACCCAGGCACGCUACCCGGCUUCGAGCAGAAAGUGAGGGAGGUGAAAGUCAUGUUAGAGACCGUUGUGGUGGACGAAUUCUGCCUCUCCGGGUUCGUGCGUGUGUUGAAUCUGGCUUUCGAAAAGAGCGUUUCUUUGCGGUAUUCUCUGAACAACUGGAUAACAUUUAUGGACAGCCUGGCGUCCUAUGUUCCUGACUCAAGUGCUGGUGACACUGAUAAGUUCUCUUUCAAGAUAGUCAUGCCCACUUACCUCGACAACGGAGGAACAUUUCAGUUUGCAAUUAAAUACUGUGUCGGUGGGAAAGAGUUCUGGGACAAUAAUAAAGGGAACAACUACAAAGUGCGGCGUAACCGGUUCAAGAUGUCGCCCCCGCGGGAAUGGGAGAAUGGAUGGAUUCACUUUAUCUGAGCUUCGUCGUGCUUGUCGUCUGCUGUGACACGCUGCGUGCGUAAUUUGUGCGUAACUGAUUCCCGGGUAUCUAAAAGUAUGUCUGUAUUUUCAUUUUCUGCCAUUGCCAGCUACACACAGAGCUGUGACAGUGAACAUAAUUUGCCAUAAUAAUUCAAAUAUUUGCCCCGCUGUUGAAACAGAUGUAGGGUCGAAGACUACAGUGGGUGCCUGGAGAGGGAUCCUGUUGGAUAAUUUGCCUUGAUGUCAGGGCUCUCUGUGCAGCGUGGUGCCCUUUGGGAGGGCACGGUCCCGUUAUGUAAUGUAGAAACACGUGUCACGGGAAACUUGCCGACCAAUGCCGACUUUGGGCAUCACUGUUCCUUUCAGGAGAUGCUGUACAAUGAUUUGGUGAGACGGAGAUGUUUAAUUUAUCAGUUUGUUUUGCAUGCGUGCAAAUAUAUUGUCUUGAAGGGAAGCAGAACGCAUCGAACCCAGUAUCAUAUUCAUAAUAGUCUCCUGCAGGCUGGGAGUAACAUACACACAUUGUCUUAUUGAGUUGACGUACAGAAAUAUUUGGCAGGUUAUUUUAUAUUAUAUUAAAAAAAGUAAGUCCCAGUCAUGCCAUUGAAAAUGCCUUAUUUAAAGCCUUGAUUUUGAACGUUGUGCAGUGAAUAUUUUGAAUACAGUUUGUUCUUCAUUAGGCUUGACUAGACUAAAUGCAUUUGAUGGCUAUCAUCCUUAAACUUUAAAAAUAAAGCAUACAGGCACUGUGAAUUAGUGUCUCAACACAAUAGUUUGUCAUAAACCAGUCAUAUAUUUGCACCUAUUCAACACACAUUGUAUAUUUCUUUGCUGAAUUAUUGCAAAAAAUAUUUUAAUACUUUGCCAAAUUCAAAAGUCAAGGGUCCCCAACCAAAGGUCAAAGGCAAUGGAAACAUUUUCUCGAGGAAAAUCAACAGCUUAUUUGUAACUGCAUCAUUCAUCAAAUCAUAAAGUGUAUAACUCAUGGGCUUCCACACUCUCAUAGCACUGUGAUAGGAAGCAACCACUUGAGCAGGGUUGCUGUCCCACCAAGGAAAAUACAUUUAGUAGCAAUGUUUGACAGGUUCAAUUUACCUCAGAUUACAUGCAGACUCUUCUUCUUCAGGUUGAUUAUCAUGAAACAGAUGUUAUUUUCACAGUAAUUAUUUUCUAACGGAUACAUUCAAAACGCAAUGUGUAUUCAUUUAUAGUGUCGAUUGCACCGUGUAACUGUUUUUCAUGCAGUGUUUCUGACAAAGUAGCUAUUACACAGAUGAAUGUGUUUAACUGGCUGUAAAAGUACAUGAUAAUAUCCUCAGUCCCAUUGUGCAAGAAUAGUGCUGCUCCUUACACCUGACUGAAAUGUUUCAUACUUAAUUUUCAAACCAUAACCCUUGAUUGAUAAUUAUUAACCAGUCUACCAUUUCUAGACAACAGCUUAACCAUACAUUUGUAAUUAAUCCAAUGGCGGCCAGUCUUCCAAACCUGCUUCAGACCAUAUGUGAUCAUGUACUUUGUGGCAAACAGGCUUGCAUGUCAUAGGAAAUUGUGUUUAAAUUGAAAUGCAAAUAUUCAUUAUGCUUUUUGUAAGUGUAUGAUAUAAUACAUUGUUUUGGCCAUCUAGAAAGUUGAGACUCCAGUUCAGAAGAAGAUGAACAACAAACAGGAUGUUUUUAAUUCUAGUGCUCUAACUGUAAUCUGAACAUCACGUUGUCCUUUUGUUUACAUCAUCCUGGCCUCGGAGGGAGGCUCUCCAUUUAAUGAGGCCAUCAGGUUGUGAUGAUUCCUGGAACCACUUAGUUUUGGAGCACUUCCACUGUGAAUCCAUCAGUAAUGUUGGUCUCUAAAUCUGACAUGUUGUUCGAAUAGUUUUGCUGAAGUGAUAGAUGGCCAGCAUUGAGUUUAUAUUUGCUUUCUCUACAUUUAUCACACACAUACCUGCAUUUUGUUCACCUGUUACUGUGGAUAUAUAAGGUCUGGCCACAACAGAGCUUACUGUGUGUUAUGUUGUUAAAUCAGUGGGUAUUUGCAUAUUGUCUGCUUGGUCUGUCUAAACUUUUUUCAAACAUUCAUGCUGUGCAAUACCAGAAAACAUGAACUAUCCAGGCUGAGACUUCUGAUGGGGACACGAGAUGCAUCAAUACCAAUUCACCACUGCCAACACAGAAUAGUUUUUGGGGGAUUUUAGCACGUCCUGACAAUAUUUACUCUGUUAAGACAACAAUGUACCGUUUGAGAUUGCUUAGAUUACUUGACAUAAAUAACAUUGAACUUGUCGUGAUGUGGAAACUAAGAUACCAGUGCUAGGUUUUAGCCUGGUAUGUCCCACACUGCUGUUGUUAUUGGUGCAUCCCUACCAUGAAGAAAAUUAAGGGCUUCUGGUCUAAUUAGAUUUUCACCUCAAUGAAUACAUGACAUUUUGCAUCAUAACUCACUGAUAUAUAGCUAUGUAUAUAAAUGUCUUAAUGUUUCAUAUUGAAUGUCUUCCUGUUACUGUUCUAUGGUGUGUGUAUUGUGAAGCAUUUUCAAAGCAAAAUUGAGAGAUAAAUUGGAAAAGUUUUCUUCAGAUGAUCCUGGAAAGUUGGAAUGUAACGUAUCAGUCCAAAUUUAACAAAAGUCUAAA